AUGGAAGGAAAGGACAACGCUCCUGGCAAGGUUGAGGUUGGAUCAGGGGAGAAGGCUUCAGCCAAAGAAGAUGUCGUUGAUGUACGGCAAAUUAAGGAUGCAAGCGAAUCCUCACAGGCUCUGCCGCCUCAAAAACAUGCCGCCCAAGGGCCUGACUCUCACACUUUGGGCGAAGAGCGGACGCAUGUCCAGACGACAUUUGGCCGAACCCAUGGAGCGCUGUUGUCCGACACCGAUACGGGGCCCGGCUUUGUGGAUGUCAAGGGCGAUCUUGGAGGCUCCGGCCACAACGAGACCGAGGUGGAUAUCAUUGCCGUCACUUGCCCAGGAGCCGACCCGUUCCAGACAUGGACCUAUAGCAGUGAUGUUAGCAGCGACGCCAGCAUUUCCUCAGAUGUUGGAUCGCGGGGCUCAGCUUGGAGGCCUAGUCCUUGGGUUACGAGGGAUCUGCGUAGCGUGGUCAGCAUCGCCCGAGUAUUUCUAUACAAGCAUCGGCUUCUUGAAGAAGGCGUGAAUUUAUGGUUGUUGUCGGAAGAUUUGCUGAAUCAGGUGCUGAGAUGGCGCCGGAAAGCUAAUCGGCCCCUGUUUUUCAUCGCUCAUAGUAUAGGUGGGCUGGUGGUAAAAAAAGCCCUCGUGCGGGCGAGCAAGUCGAGCAAGUACCAGGAGGUAAUGGACAAUUGCCAUGGCGUUACUUUCUUAGGCACACCUCAUCGGGGAUCGAGCUAUAUGUCCAUGUCAAAUCUCAGUGAGAGUAUCGAAGCACUCCUUCACUUACAAGCACCUCUGCCUCGGUCCCUUACUAGCGAAAUCCUGCUCAACAACGCUCCGCUCUUAGACUUGCACGAUCAGUUUGUGGACAUAGCAAGCGAGCUUCGUCUGUGGUCGUUCUACGAGACGCGAGAAUCAUCACUCUCGGGCUCUAGCGCCGCUAGCGCUAACAGCGAGGUUCAAUUCGGAGCCCCGCUGGUAUCAGUCAAAUCCGCAUUACUCGAUCUGUGGCAAGAGGAUGUCUACGCUGUGGAUAGUGAUCACGCUCACCUCGCCUCAUUUGGGCCGCAUAAUAGUGGUAUCCUGGCUUCCUAUCUCGAAGAUCUGGCUGCCGCAAUCCGUAAAGCAGCGGCUCUUAGCCGGGCUUACACUCACGUUCCGCUGCACUUGAGAGACCAUGUGAAAGUCGAGGUUAUCGGGUUCUAUGAGGACCCAGAUGCACUGAUGGGGUCACCUCGCACAUUUGCAAUGGAGAAUUCUGGGGAGGAAUCGGGCUCCAUCAUACGCCUCUAUUCAACAAAACAUUCCUUCAGAGAGUUCCUCAAGAAAGGGCCUGACGGCUGCCUAGCGGAGCGGCUCCAUAAAGUUCCUAGACGAAGGGCCAGCCAGCAUCGUCUUGGCCCCAGCCUAGAACAUGAAGGUUCGUGGAAGGAGUCCAGAACAGACGAGGGCGGCUCUAAUCCUCUGGGCACGGCCAAAGAUUCAUCGCUUUCUGCCACAAGUCAGUGGCACUCGCCAGACAUUCUCGUCACAAGACCUUCCGAGAGGCCAAUGCUUCUCAGGGUGCCAGCUCGGUCGGAACCAAUCGUUCGUCCUCCGAGUCCGGAGAGCAAUGCCAGCAUCAGCACCACCAUGUCCGACUCGGCUCUGCCGUACAACAGCGGCCAUGGCGAAACCGAACAUCAUACCGUUGGCUUGCUAGCGAAACAGCACGCGGGAAUGCUCAUGAAGGAACACGAGUUUGCCGCCACGGCGGGUUUCUCCCGUCCUAAUCCAGACUUGAGGAAGUUCAUGUGGAUUCAUCUGCCAUUCAACAACCCCGUUUGGGUCAAGGAACUCUUCGCUACGCUCUCCAAGUUCCAAGGGCGAGACUUCUCACGGCUGUUUGACUAUGACAACUGGGUCUCCAAGCAGAUUCAAAACAGAAACUCUGAUUCGCAGCCAGCAUUUUUCAAAGCCAUAUGCAAAUAUCUUUCGAUUGCAGAACGGGCAGCCUCACCACGGGUCCAGUCACCGUUAUUCGGUCCUACGACACCAAACAUCACGCCUAACUACCUCUAUCUCUACCUUCCCUAUCUUCAUUUUGACACGUACCGCACCAUGGUCACACGUCGCAACUUGAUUCAGAGGCGCAGGAAUCAUGGGAGAGCAAAGCCCGUCCCCGAAUAUGUCGCCAUGCAGGAUUCCCUCGAACUGAAAAUGAUCUGGGAGUAUAUCGGCUACGACCCACCCUUGAAUUGUAGGCGAACUCUAGACCAAUUUGCUAAUCACUCCCUUCGUGAUACGAAUUCCCGAGACGAUGACCAGAUGCUGUACAAACUCACCAAGAAGGAUUCUUUGCCUUCCCGGCGCAUCAUGUCAGGCAAUAGCUCUACUCGUUCGUUACGCUCGGCGAAAGUUUCGACCUCUAGCCGCUUGGACGGUCUGGCUGAAGAUCUAGGAACCGAUUCGGAGCCCGAGCUGAGGGACGGUCACGUUCUCAUGGUUGAUCAGUUGUGGCUGUGGUCUAUAGAUAUGACCACCUUGACCACGUUCUUCCCCAGGCGGGAAUCGUCACCAACGGAAGGAACGUUGUUCCAGCAGGCAGACCUACGCAACAGCAUCUACAAUGAAGUUCAAGGAGACCUCACUGGUAGGACGGAAAAUGCCUUGGAUCUUGCAGCCCUGAUCGUCUUACAUGCUGUCACUGUCCUACUUGAUCGGUCUUCGCACCCGGAUCUCGAGAUAUUCCGCCUGUUUGACGAAGCCGUUGGGAUGCUGGCGGAGCGGAUGACGUUGAAUAUGAAGCGGUUCCGCAUUAAUGCGUUUAAUCUAGGGCUGGAGAACGACGAGGAAGGGUCGGACGACUCAGACGUCGAAGGAGAGAGCCCUGCCGCAAUCAAGAAGCGGCAUCGACGCGAGAUUGAGAGGUCUGAGCGCGAGAAUAGGGAGAACACAUCAGCGCUUUUAGAGCUGCGCGACCUGGAGGAUGAGCUGAAGACGCUACAAAAGCUGUUUGAUACGCAGGAGUCGACCAUCCGCCAGAUGAGGGACAUUUACACCAGCAAAGACUUGAACGAUUUAACGAAAAACGGACAGGAGUACCUCAACGAUGCUCUCGAGUAUCUAGACGAUUACAAGCAACAAACCAGCGAGAUGAUCAAACGGGUGGACACAACAAGGAAAGACUACGAGAAAAUGCUCGAGAUGGCGCAACGGCAGGCGCAAGUUGACGAGGUCCGCUGGUCACGCUUGCAAGCAGAGCUGGCGUCGAGCCAAAACCUCUCGGUCAUGAUUUUUACGACAUUUACCGUCAUCUUCUUACCCCUCACCUUCUUCACGGGCCUGUUUGGCAUGAACACGGUCGAGUGGCAAGAGCAGGUGCCCAGCCUCAAGGAAAUUGGCGCCAUAUCGCUUCCCGCCUCGUUUGCCCUGAUCGUGGUGUCCCUUGUGGCCGCAUUCAGCUGGCGGGUGCAGAGUGUCUUCAAAGCGACAUACAGAGGAUUGAAGAGGUCGUGGAGGAUCAUCAAGGAUGUCUAUUCCGAGCGGCUGGAGCCGGUAUCGAGGAAGGAGGCCAAGAGGAGACGGAGGGAGGAGAAGAAGAGGAGGCUGAGGGAGGAACAGAUGAUCGGGCGCAAUGACCUAGGCUACGAUUUCUGGGCCAUGGUCAAGAAGCAGCAGAGCGAGAUGCGAUACCAGAUCCCGGACCAGAACGUCAAUAGCUCGGCUUCGCGUGGUAUGACGGCGAGCCGAAAACGGACUUGA